AUGGAUAGCUUGGGUUGGGAUAUACAUAUGUUUGGCAGAAUGUCACCGAAUGUUCAUCCAAGCUUAUGGAGCAACAACGACAUUCACCGUCACGAAGUCGGAGAAAGCUUUGCAGCUUCUGAAUAUUAUACCAAUACUGGUGGGAAGAUGGCUGAUCUUGCUGAAGAUUUUUUGGCUUUAAGUCCAAUAUUCCAAGGAGUUAAGACAUGCAAUGCUAAUCGUUCGAAUUGGAAUAAUAUAAACGUCGUUUCUCAUUCGAAUCAAAUCCAGAAGGAAGAUGCCAAAAGAUUAGAACCAGCUGACAUGGUUCUUGCAGAAUCAGGGGAAAGUUUGGUCAGUCAAUUAUUUACGAGUACUUCUUCUCGAAUGAUCAACAAACCUAAUGUCAUGAACCCAUUGACUGCUCUUAUGGAAGAUUAUGGUUCAUCAUCAGCACAUGACCGACUACAAGUUGGCAAUGGCGGCGGUUGCGGUUCAGCAAAACAUGAAGCUGGAUUCUCGACGGUUGAAUCAGUUGAGUCUCUGGACUGUUUACUGUCAACAACAACAAAUAGCAACACCAGUGCCUCAGUGGAAAAUGAUGGUAUUUCAUUAAUCUUUUCUGCUGAUUGCAAUAAUAAUUUAUGGAACCAUGUGUCAUCAGGAGAGUCAGAAAACAGUAAUGGGUCUAAAGAAUACAAUAACUGUGAUCAAGCAGUUUCUCAAGCUUCUUCAAUUCCAUGUACUGCGACUACUAAUAAUAAUGCCGUCCGGCCAUCCUUGGACACUAGGCCUAAUUCUUCUAAGAGUUCAAGAAGGGAGCAACAACAACAACAAGUGAGUAUGAACAACAACUCUCAUUCUUUUGAGCUUGUUCAUUCUGAUUCAGCGACUACUCAAGGUGGUUUUAGGCUCAUUACUGACAACCAACCAAAGACAAAGAAGCCGAGAUCUGAAAAGACUUCGAACAUCAACUUUCAAAACCAGCCCGACGAUGCUUCUUUACCUUCAUUCGAUGAACCAGAUAUGGAAGCUAUUGCAUAUAUGAAGGAAAUGAUUUAUAGAGCUGCAGCAUUCAGGCCAGUAAAUUUGGGUUUAGAAUUGGUGGACAAACCUAAAAGAAAGAAUGUCAAGAUAUCAAGUGAUCCACAAACUGUAGCUGCCAGACAAAGGAGAGAAAGAAUAAGUGAUAGAAUCAGGGUUUUGCAAAAACUAGUCCCUGGUGGUAGUAAGAUGGAUACUGCAUCCAUGCUAGAUGAAGCUGCUAAUUAUCUCAAGUUCUUAAGAGAUCAAGUUAAAGCUUUGGAAACUUUAGGUGGAGGAAAUAACAAUUCUUCACCACUACAAGAUAACCAGAAUUUUCCCAUGCAGAACUAUUUUCCAUUUGCAAAACACUAAGAAAAAAACAUCCAAUACCCCAAAAAGAAUGAUCAUUUUCACUGACAACAAAAGAAACCCACUAAUGCAAUUAUCAUUAGCAUCCAAGAUCCAAAAAUGUUUUGAUCUUUAUCAUCAUUACAUCUU